CUUUCUCUCUGUUUCUGCAGGGAACUCUCGCUGGCCACUCCGGGGGUGGCACGGGCCCGCCCACUCACAGGCACUGUCAUCUCACACACGAGCACGCUUGCUCGGACCGCUUUGGCAAGAACGCGCUCACGCCAAGUCGAAGACAGAUCCGCGUUCACGCACGGAAUCCGUUUACAUACACGCUCACACACUCUCAACUCGAGAGGGGCCUGCUGCACACGACUCCUCUUCGGCUGCCAGGGAAGCGAAUCCUCCAAAGAAACCGCGCUCGCUCAUCCGGCUGCCCGUGAAGCCUGCAUUCCGUCCGAGAGCCGCACCGUGCCCCCCUCUCCCCGCCGUACCCACCGAACACAGGCCUUCGCACCAUGGCGGAUUCUAGCAGCAGCGCGUCUGCGGCCGGAGCCGCGGGCUCGAAUAGCAGCGCCGCCGGGGCUGGCGGAGCGGUCGCGCCCGGGGAAGCGACGGCAGCCGCGGGAUCGAAGCCAGGCCUGGAGUCGGUUAAGGGACAGAAUUUUGACGUUGGCCCCCGCUACACCGAUCUCCUGUACAUCGGCGAAGGGGCCUACGGGAUGGUCUGCUCAGCACAUGAUAACGUGAAUAAGAUCCGUGUGGCCAUUAAGAAGAUCAGCCCGUUCGAGCACCAGACGUACUGCCAGCGCACGCUGCGGGAGAUCAAGAUCCUGCUGCGCUUCCGCCAUGAGAACAUCAUCGGCAUCAACGACAUCCUGCGCGCGCGCCGCAUCGAGUACAUGAGAGAUGUCUACAUAGUCCAGGACCUGAUGGAGACCGACCUGUACAAGCUCCUGAAGACGCAGCAGCUGAGCAACGACCACAUCUGCUACUUCCUGUACCAGAUCCUCCGCGGCCUGAAGUACAUCCACUCCGCCAACGUGCUGCACCGCGACCUCAAGCCCUCCAACCUGCUCAUCAACACCACCUGCGACCUCAAGAUCUGUGAUUUCGGGUUGGCAAGGAUAGCCGACCCUGAGCAUGACCACACUGGCUUUCUGACGGAGUAUGUGGCUACGGCGCUGGGUACCGCGCUCCCAGAAAUCAUGCUCAACUCCAAGGGCUACACUAAGUCUAUUGAUAUCUGGUCAGUGGGAUGUAUCCUGGCUGAGAUGUUGUCAAACAGACCCAUCUUCCCUGGGAAACACUACCUGGAUCAGCUGAACCACAUACUGGGCAUCCUGGGCUCUCCCUCUCAGGAGGACUUGAACUGCAUCAUCAACAUGAAGGCCCGCAACUACCUGCAGUCCCUUCCACAGAAGCCCAAGAUCCCCUGGAACAAGCUCUUCCCCAAGGCUGAUAACAAGGCUCUGGACCUGCUGGACCGCAUGUUGACCUUUAACCCCAUCAAGCGCAUCACAGUGGAGGACGCUUUGGCCCACCCCUACCUGGAGCAGUACUACGACCCUACUGAUGAGCCGGUGGCUGAGGAGCCCUUCACCUUUAACAUGGAGCUGGAUGAUCUGCCCAAAGAGAAGCUAAAGGAGCUCAUCUAUGAGGAGACGGCCCGCUUCCAGGCCCAGUACCAGGGCACCUGAGUGAGGGGCGUAGAGGAUGAAGAACAAGAAAAAAGCACCUGGACAUCAUCAUCAGCAGCCAGGCCAACUGGACAUUAACACACACACACACCCCCCUCGCUCUCGCUCUCGCUGUCUCUCGCUCGACUGGACAUUAACACAC